GGCUUACGUGAAAAGAUUUCUUAUUUAACAGUGGCAUUUCCCAGCGUCUGCGGUUGUCAGCUGGCGUCGGCGCCCUUGACGCCUCACUUAAGUUGUUGCUAGUUCAUUUCCCCCGUUUUGCUGGAUGCUGGCGCCUCAUUAUUGACGGCGGCAGCUCCGGUCAACUGUGCGGGCAAUUCUCCAGAGUCCGCUGGUGGCUGCUUCAAGGCUGUUCGUUCGUUCCCCGCCUCAGUUGGAAGACAUGGUACUCGAGCAGGGUAGCGCCAGGGAGAAAGUACUCGAGAAGAUUGGCGAGGCCGAGAAGCUUCUGGCGCAAUGCGACACUCUGACCGUGUGUCCGGGCAAGAGCAAGCUCCAGCGCAAGAUCCAGGCCGAAAUCAAGUUCCUCCGCAAGCUCUGGAAGAUGCCAGAGGGAAUCAAGGAAGAGCACCUGCGCUGCACCAACCUGGCCUACCUGUCGGCCGUUGUCACCUGCUCGCUGGCCGUCACCGGUCUGGUCGACGUGCUCAAGCCUUUCUCGCUUCCCGAGAGUGAUGCUGACUGCGAGAGGCAGAGGCGCUGUGCCGAUCGGACGGUCGUGGACGUGGUAGCCAGUCACGGGGCAGCGUGGAUCAAAGUGGUGGCCCGUAAUCCCGACGCCCUGCUGACCUCGUCUCUCGGUGAUGGUGAGUACGGCCGGCGCACUAUCCUCGACCAACUCCAGGACAUGGUGGAGUGCGCCGGCUGUCACCCGCACCUCUACAAGGCGCCCGAAGUCAAGGUUUGGACCGUGCUACCCGUCUGCAAGCCACUCCGGGAGAUCAUCCGGGCUGUCGGCGCAGAGGUGCUCAACCAUGAGGAUGUGCUAUCGGCAUGCGACGAGGAAACUCCUGAGGCUUCAGCAGAUGACAGCGAGGCUGGCAUCGACGACUGCGCGGAGAACUUUACGGCGUUAAAGCUGCACGAGGUACCCAAGGACGCCGUGCUCAACCUCGACGUCUCCACGAUGAUCGCGUGCGCAUCCGCACUGACCAACGGCCGCUGUCACUUCCGGUUCCGUGAGAACGUACUCACCGAGCAAGCCGAGAGUGAACGCCGCAGCCCCGUCCGGCCGGCUCUAGACGAGCUGUUCACGAGCCGCAAGCUUGUCUGCUGUCAAUCCGCCUACGACGACUUCUCGACGAUCGUGAAAGUCAUGGCCGGACCGUGCGAGACCGAGGCAGCGCAUAGGCUGUUCGAACGACUCGAGGUCGUACCGGACUCUCCCUCCGAGCGUGCUGCGGCGCUCGCCCUUCGCGGAAAGAUCAGAAAACGCUCGAAGAUCAUCUUUGGGACUGGCGACCGGCUGAAGGCAGUGACCGUAACUGCGAACAGUGGGUUCUUGAGGGCUGCCAAGGCCCAGGGCGCUGACUUUGUUGCGUUUGUGCACGAGUCACGGGCACUGACGGAGGCGAAAGAAGUCAAUGCUACGCCAAUCUAGGACCGUGUUUGGAAGAACGCUCUCUAUCUCGUGCUAGCUUGCUUUGUUUUCACAUUAUGAUGCAGAGACACCACUAGGUGAGCCGAGGCUGACAGUCGUGACCGGAGUCUGCAGGGUGUGAUCACUUUCGUGAGAUAGCCAACAUUUCUCCUGGUGUAUGGUCUUGUCUGCCAUUCUGCUGGUCAAUGUUUUUUACUGACCAGUGAAUGGCCUAAUGCGUUUUUUGAAGACUAUUUUCACAUUGAGAGUGCAAUGUCACGCUGCCUUCAUAGCUACUGUAGUUUAAAUUAAAGCUGCUCACGUGUACGCGCUUGGCUAUUAUUGCGUUUCUGGCAACCACUUCAACAUCAAGCAGAAGUCUGGUCACUUAUUUUCUUCAAUUUUCUCAAGCGCUUCUGAUUGGCUUGCUGGUCAAGCCACUGGAACUUUGUUCUUCUGUUGAUGUGCACACAGGUACCAUCAGGUUAAAUUGAAAUGUGAAAAAAAAAGAAGGUAACAGGAAAAUGUCUUGUGCGAGAUUACAUCAAUGCGUAGUGUGGUAUCUCUCUAGUAUAUCAUAUCGCUGAGUGUUGGAGAGUCCCCGACUCACCCUGCAGAGAGCAAAUCCCGCAAGUGUUAUAAGCGCCUGAGGAUUAGAAAAGCUUGGCUCAGUCUGUUUAGAUUUUUUUAGUUUAUGUUGAUAGCACUUACACACAACCAACGGCUUCAGACGCAAAAGUCUACACUUGUAUUGCCCAUGUGUUUGGCCUUGUGAUCGAGUGGCAGAAAUUUUGUUCUGGCCUUUAAUUGCAGUACACAGAGUAUUAUGUUACUUGCAAGACUCGCCUUUAUUAUGGUUAUUUUUGGUUCUGAACCGUGAUGAAAUGAAAUUGUUGCAAUUCUUGAUUGACUAGGCUCUCAGUAAUUAUUUGUUAUUGGAGUACUUUAUUUACAUUUGUUGUUCAUGCUGCGUAGAGGCACUUGCAGUGUUUUAUUUUGAGCAUUUUGCUUAUGAAAGCAGAUGAUGGACUUCCACAGACUUUUGAUGUCAUACUUAAAUAGCCUCAGCUAUGUUGACUUUACCACUGUGCAUGCGCAUGAUUGUGUUACAAAACCAGUCACUUGGGAUCCUGUGGUCAUUUGUAAUAUCAUUCAAAUCUCUCCCUAAGGUCAUUUGCUCUGAAUUGCCUUGUGCUAUUCUACAGUAAAACCUCGUUAAUUCAUAUUUCACGGACCCGAAAUAAAUGUCAGAAUUAAACGAAUGUAGAAUUAUUGACAGUAUCACUAAGACAAUAAACAAAUGCUUACUACAUCAACAUGCUUUUAUUUACUGAAUGAAUGAGCAAAUCCUGUGUCUAUUUUGCACAAAAGCAUGCGGAAGUUGCAAUUCUCCUCAUCUCGUGACUGAUCAGCGCUCGCAGCAGUGAAGGCCUGGCAACUUCCUUCUCAGUGCGGCCACGGCACUUGCCGCUUUUGCUCUUUUGUGUCGCACAUUUGCAACGCUCUACACGCUCCGAAAGUUAUGAAUUAGCCCAUAUGCAGCCAGAUAUGUCCGAAUUAACGAGAGUUUGAUUCCAUUAAAUAAUGCAUAAGCCUGCCGAGACCUUAGUACAAGUCCGAAUUAUCCGAUUUUCUGAAUUAACGAGGGUCGAAUUAACGAGGUUUUACUGUAUGUGGUGGUUCUGUGAAUCAUUCUGACAUCAGUGCAAUUCUUGUUGCAUUCUGCUUAACAAGUGCCUGCUUUGAUACUGGCGAGAGAUUGUCAAGAAGCAAGUUGGCUUUGUGUGAUCAAGCAGUUUGCGUGCUCAAAACUUUUCUGUUAUUGUGUGAUGCAGAAAUGAAUUGCUUCUGCCUACA